ACUUUAGGAAACAGCAGAAACCCCCAGUAUCCGCGCGAGCUGCUUUUAAGCCCCAACUUCUGGAGUUUACUUGGAUACAAACACACCAUUUUCAGCUGCUGAAUGAUUUCUUCUCUAAGAGUUCCAGUUCCAGAGAACAGACAAACAGUGGAUGUAACUUCAGGCUUUAAUGCCCCGGUUGAGGACAUGGCUGCUUCCAUUGCUCUAACAUCUCUAGUGCGUCUCUGCUCUAUCGUGACUCUUUGAAGAUGAGUUAGAUCGGUCACGGCUCACCUCUGCUUCAUGAGCCAGCAGGAUGCGGCAUCGGUGCGUGCACUCUCCGAGCGUCUCCUGGUAGCGGCGCACAAGGGCCAGGCCGACAAUGUGGUGCAGCUGAUCAACAAGGGCGCCAAGGUUGCCGUCACCAAGUAUGGCCGGACUCCGCUUCAUUUGGCCGCUUAUAAAAACCACAUCGAGGUGGUGAGGAUCCUGUUGAGGGCCGGCUGCGAGCUGGACAUUCAGGAUGACGGCGAUCAGACAGCAUUACACAGAGCAGCUGUGGUGGGAAACAGUGAUGUCAUCACAGCGCUCAUUCAGGAAGGGUGUGCACUGGACAGGCAAGACAAGGACGGGAACACGGCGCUGCACGAGGUCGCGUGGCACGGCUUCAGUCAGUCCGCCAAACUGCUGGUUAAAGCCGGGGCCAACAUCCACGCUAAAAACAAGGCAGGGAACACGGCUCUACACUUGGCGUGUCAGAACGGUCAUGCUCAGAGCACUAAAGUCCUGCUGCUAGGAGGAGCUCGUCCCGACUGCAAAAACAAUGUAGGUGACACAUGCCUGCAUGUCUCCGCCCGCUACAACCAUGUGGCUGUUAUCCGUGUUCUUCUAGGUGCUUUCUGUUCGGUGGCUGAAAAGAAUCAGGCAGGAGAUACGGCCCUGCACGUGGCGGCCAUGCUAAAUCAUAAGAAGACGGCGCGUGUGCUGCUGGAAGCUGGAGCCGAUAGAAACGUCCAGAACAACGCAGGACAAACUGCACUGGACCAGGCCAGAGAGAACAACAACCCUGAAGUAGCACUGCUUCUGACUAAAGCACCACAGAUUCAGAGCUUCACCCGUGGCAGAAGCGUGAGGAAAAGGAGGGACAAGUUGAGGGCUGAAGGACGAGCGCAGUCGGUUCCACGCGAUCAGAUGCUGCCGAGUAAGGAAAGCGUGUCUGCGGCGGAAGAAACUCCCAGCAGCGAUCGCUCUGCGCAGAGGAACGAGUCACCGCGUGGCACUCGGCAAAGAAACGGCCGCAGCCGAGUCGGAGAAAAGCCUUCUCUAUCAGACCCUCUAUCCAGUAAAGAGCAGAGAAAGAGGAGUAAAACGAGAGCUUCACCUCCGCGAGCAGUUCCUCCUCCACACAGCUACAAGGCUUAUCAGCUGUACACACUGUACAGGGACAAAGACGGCAAGGUCAUGCAGGCUCCUCUGAACGGCUGCAGGUGCGAACCGCUCAUCAACAAACUGGAGAACCAGCUGGAGGCCACCAAAGAGGAGAUGAAGUCCGAGAUCCACACGGUCCAGGAGCUUAUGAACAGCAAGAUGGGUCAGCUGGACCGCAAGAGCAAACACCAGAUCCGAGCUCUGGACAAGAUGACGUUAGAGAGAGUGUCUGCUGAAAGGAUGGAGUGUUUACGUCGCGUCGAUGAGAGGGCCAAAGAGGAGCGGCUGGAGGGUGAAAAGAGACAGGCUUCGAUGGUGAGCGAACUGAAGAAUUGGUGCGUGUCUAAGCUCCAGAGGAUGGAGGCGCGUCUGACGGCAGAUGCACACGGUGCCCCUCUGCGCCGCUCCUCUUCUCUAGACGGGGGUGACACCCGCUGUCUGGUAACCAGCGACCCAACUGAGCGAUGGGAGGGAGGAGCUACGGGAGAAGAGGACAUGUUGGAUAAUCACUACUUUGUGGUUCAGAUGGACAGCUCUUCGGAUGGCAAACAGAACAUCCAAGAGACGUUCUUCCCGGUGGCUCGGGACAAAUCGGCCCCGUCCUCUCCUCUUGUAGUACGGCCAAAAGCGCGCACGCUGUUCUCCGCUGACCCCCACAGGCCAGACGGGGAACUGCAAGAGGCCUCAAAUUCGGGCCGAUCCGACAGCCUGUCGCCGUCCGCACAGCGCCGGAGCGGUGGCCAGAAACAGGACCGGGACGACAAGCACAGCAAGAGUUAUAAAAGUAAGCGCCAUAAAAGGCAUUCUGAAGGGAGGACUCAGAACCAAGAUGGGACUAAUACCCUAGAGGAGACAUUUCCUCAGGAGCAGGCCGACGUACACGCUCUUGAGGUGACGCAGUGCUUCUUCGAGGCAGUGUCCACACAGAUGGAGCGCUGGUACGAGCGCAAGGUCCAGGAGGCGAGCUGGCAGGCCGAGCAGCGAGCACGAGCCGAUCGCGUCACUCUACUGGAGAGGAUCAGCUGCCUGGAAGACGAACUGAGGCUCCUCAGAACCAGCAGACGAGAGGACAGCUAGUACGCUAGAGCACUGGCUUGGUUAGAUGAAGAUGGUGGAGAUUUCAGGAGGACUGGACGACCGAGAUCAUAACCACCUGUUAAACACUUUUUUUGUCUAUAUGAAGGUUUUCAGUCAUCCGGAUCAUACAGAUAGAACCAGAUCGUAGAAGUACUUCAAGGCGUCUGGACUUUUUAGAUAUUCACCCAUUCAUCCACUACUCACCGGGGCAUUGUCUGAAAUGAUAUUUUAAGUAUUAAGUACUUAAGUGUUUUCAGUAUAAAAUGAAACUUUUGAAUUCA